AUGGAUGGAGCGAGAUGGAGCGAGGUCUAUCCAUCGAAUAUAAUGGGUUGCAAAAUGUCCACACUUCAACUCCAGAUCCAACUCGAAAUGAAGAAAACAGCGGAUGUAAGCGAUCUAUGGAUACAGCAUCAGCGCCGAAAUACGAAGACAACUCAGUCCUGGUCCUGUAUAUUCUGCCUGGAGCGCAAGAUAUGCCUUUCCGAAACCGACUUGUGGAACCAUGCAGAAAAGGACCAUCGGGAUAAAUUCCCAACGGACCAAGACGAACUUAAACGAUUCCGCAAAUAUUACGAGAGUGAGAGUGCUCUGAAGAGAACGACAAAAGAUGAUUCACAGCCCCGGAAACCUUCAAAUAUUGAGACUCCCGCAGCUGGCUCAACCACUCCAACUUUACACUUACAAUCUAAGCGGCCGCUCAACUCUACCCAACCUAGUCGAUCGCUUUCUAGCCUUCAGGCACUGAACUUAGGACCAAAUGAAGGCAACACCAUGGAGGACGAAGAAACCACAGCGUACAAGCCGCGCAAGAGAGCUGCUGUAGGAGAUGGUAUAUCAGCAGGUUCAGCAUCACCAUUCCGCGAAGAAUCAGAAUCACCUCCGCCGCGAAGAUCUCUAGCUCGUCCAACUUCUGGACAAAUUCCUGUAUCGGAUACCGAGACUCGGCGACAGGCUACAAAGGGACAACUGUGGACUCCGGAUCAAGACUCGCCAUUUACAAGAUCAUCCUUCGAUCCCUCCAACAUCGCUUCCACACAAGCCUCAAAGUCUCGGGCUCAGAUGUUCAAACCAGCUAAUCGCAGACCUUUGAAAACAUCUACACCUCAGACUUCCUCCCGACCAGCACUCCAUGCAAAUCAACAACCUCAGCAGCAACACCAUACUCAGGCCAACACACCGUCUGUAAUCUUACCCAACAGGACAGUCUCAGAAACUGAAUCAAGAUCCCAAAGUGAAGAGUACAGCAUUAUUCUGCAACCGGAGACGAGACCCAUCUCCCAAGAUCAACUCGUAGCAGAGGUCAAAGGCAUAUAUGCUGGUCUUGUAAUGGUCGAAGCCAAAUGCAUUGAAGUUGAUAAUAAGCAAGCUACACUUACACAAGGUAAUCCUCCAACCCAACCGAAGCUCAACAAUGAACAAUGGCAAGCUCUCAUCGCUUUGCACCGUACUUUACUUCACGAGCAUCACGACUUCUUUUUAGCUUCCCAGCAUCCAUCGGCUAGCGCGCCUCUUCGUCGCUUAGCAUCAAAAUAUGCUAUGCCUGCUAGGAUGUGGCGCCAUGGGAUUCAUUCCUUCCUGGAACUUCUCAGACAUCGACUUCCUGCCUCACUUGAUCAUAUGCUUGCAUUCAUAUACUUGGCAUAUUCGAUGAUGGCUUUGUUGUAUGAGACCGUGCCCGCUUUUGAAGAUACUUGGAUUGAGUGCUUGGGAGAUCUAGGACGAUAUAGGAUGGCCAUUGAGGAUGACGAUAUCAGAGAUAGAGAGGUCUGGACCGGUGUAGCACGUCAUUGGUAUUCGAAGGCUUCCGAUAAAGCCCCUACAACCGGUAGGCUGUAUCAUCACCUUGCCAUUCUAGCACGCCCAAAUGCUCUUCAACAACUGUAUUACUAUGCAAAAUCUUUAUGUGUUGUAGUGCCAUUUACGUCUGCACGAGAAUCGAUACUUACACUCUUCGACCCUGUCCUUAAUGCUGAGAAUGGGCAAGGUCAGUAUCGAUUGCCGCCUUUGGAUACUGCAUUUAUUCGAGCUCACGGGCAUUUAUUUACAAACAGAACCAUGGAAAGGUUUGAACCCGCGGUUCAAGAAUUUCUUGCACUACUUGACAGCCAUAUCGGCCGAGUAACGAAGAAGUUCAUGGAACAGGGCUGUCAUAUUGCCGUCUCCAAUAACGUUGCAAUGCUUGGAUUUGCGUCCAAAGAAAAUCCCCUUAUGAAAGCUAUCGCGCCUUCUUCGGAAGAAAAGGCAGCUGACGCUGAUAUGGAUGAUGCUCUGGAUGAAUCUUCUCCCUCCAUGACGACAUUCAAACAUGCGCAGAACCUUAGCAAUGCUGCGUUGGAGAUAGUAUUGCAAAGAAUAGGCGAUCCAAAUGUCCUUCCUUUCAUUCAUGUCUCCCUUGUUUUCAUGUUCCGCCGCAUUGAAGAUAAGAAGUUCCCACUACCAGAGAAAGAUGAUGUCCGCCCCUUUCCAGAAGACUUUGGAAUUCGCGGGUUACUAUGGGCGGAAAAAUACUUCCCUGAAAAAUGGUUUCUUAACGAAAAGACUGAUGAAGAGGAGAAAUAUCAUGAGCUCCCGUCUAUGUUCGAGCAACGAAAGGAACGCAUAUUAUGGCUAGCUUGCCGUAUUGCUGAUGCCGGUCCAUGGAUCAACUUCGAUGUUUCUAAGCCAGAAUUUUCUGUUCAGAGUAGUGAUGCGGACUUGGAGUUCAUGGAGUCCCAGUCGGUGACCUUUGCUUCGGCGAGUACUAAUGAUGCUAAUAGAAGUUGGCCAUCCGUAAAAGCUUAUCCUGAUGCUGAAGAAGACAUAACAUCGCUUACGAUGCUUGCGGCAAAUACGUCCACUCACGAAUGA